AUGAACCGCCUCUCCCUUAUAACUCGCCAUCUCUCCCAGAUUCCCAACCCCAAGUAUACUCGCACAACCCACCGAGCCAUCUCAACUACAACAUCACGCACCAUGCCCCAAUACACCGGAUCCUGCUACUGCCGCAACAUCAAAUAUGAAAUAUCGCUUGACUCCCCGGACGAUGCACGAACCUCCCUCUGCCAUUGUUCGAACUGUAAAGUCAGUCUCGCCUCUACCAUCCCUGUACUCCGCAAGCUAACGGAAUUCCAGAAAGCGUUCGGAACAAACUACGGCCUAACGGCCAAGAUCCCCAAAGAUGCAUUUAGACUGACGGCUGGGAAACCCAAGGAACAUGUGGGCGAUAACGGGUCCGGGUCGUUACUGCACCGGGAAUUCUGCGAUAAUUGUGGGAGUUUCAUUCUUGAAUAUGGGGAUGCGGUCAAGGACCAGGCGCGGUAUAUCUGCGUUGGGACUCUAGAUGAUCCGGAGGCGUUGCCGCCCAAGGGGGAGUUUUUCUGUAGUUCGAGGGCCAGCUGGAUGCCUGAGAUUCCGAAUGUGUUUCAUAAGCAGAAGAUCAAGGAGUAG